AUUCUAUUUUAUAAAUAAACCAUGUCGUCUUAAUAAUGAUGUUUACUUAAUUUUAUCAAAUAAUAUUCAAAUUGUCGGUACAUUGAUAAGCAAAACCGUAAAGGUCACAGCUUUGAGUAACAUACAGCAGUUAUACUUAAAAUAAUAAAAUGGCUGAGUUAGAUCCGGAACAUCCGAGACGUUUAAUACCAGAGUUGUGUAAGCAAUUUUAUCAUUUGGGAUGGGUCACUGGAACUGGAGGUGGAAUAUCUAUCAAACAUGGGGAUGAAAUAUUCAUAGCUCCGUCAGGCGUGCAGAAAGAAAGAAUGAAGCCAGAUGACUUGUUUGUGCAGAACAUUCACGGUCAAGACUUAGAAAUGCCGUCACCAGAUAAGAAACUAAAGAAAAGUCAGUGCACCCCAUUGUUCAUGCUAGCUUACAAAAUACGUAAUGCUGGUGCCGUUAUACACACACAUUCACCGCAUGCUGUCAGAUGUACUCUACUAUAUGACAAGGAAUUUGUUAUAACACACCAAGAAAUGAUAAAGGGUAUAAAGGAUGAAAGUCUGAAUCGUUACCUUCGCUAUGAUGAGAAACUCAUAGUUCCUAUUAUAGAGAAUACACCCUUCGAAAGGGAUUUGGCUGAUGAUUUAAAUAAAGCAUUGCUAAAAUACCCAGGAACGAGCGCAGUACUUGUGAGACGCCAUGGGGUGUACGUCUGGGGGGAAACAUGGCAGCAGGCUAAGACUAUGACGGAAUGUUACGACUAUUUGUUUGAAAUGGCUGUAGAGAUGAAGAAACUGGGGCUAGAUCCUUGUCUUAACCCGGAGACCGCAAAAACGGGAUAGAAUUUAAUACUACGUAUAAAUAUAAGAUAAAAAAAAAUUUAUAUACAGUCUUUUUAAAUUAAAAUAUACAUAUAUAUAUA